UCUUAUCUGCAGCCUCAGGUUUGGCUAGCCCAUAGUCAACAAAAGAGAGUUUUAGUGUUUGAACGUAUCAUCAUUGCUGGAAUAAUAUUAAGAACUUGAAAUCAUAUAAUCAAUAUGGGUUCGAUAAAUCUAAUAUGCCCUAUGUGUUGCGGAGAAACUUUUAAUAAUUCUGAGUCUCUUAAGUAUCAUUUAUUAAGCAUGACUGAUAAUCUAUACUGUCCUGGAUGCUCUUUAAGGACUUACUCAGUAGCUGCUUUAAUUCAACAUUUAGAUUGUUGUGGAAAAGAAAUAGAUCAAGAAGAGCAUCGAAAAGAUAUGGGACCAAAUUCUAAUGAAUUAGAGGUUGAAGAUAAUGAUAAUGAAGAGACAGAUAUCUUAAUGGAUGAAAAUGAUGAUGCUAUUAAUGAUAGUUUUUUGGCAACUGUCAAUGAAGAUGGAAUAAUGAUUGUUGGUGAAGGUAGAACAAUUCAAGUAGAUGAAAAUGGAGAUAUCCAAGUUUUAGAAAAAACAAAUUCAAUAAAUGAAGAUGAAUCUAUGUCUCUUAUAAAUUGUGAAAAGGUUAUAACUAAUGCAGAUGAGGAAAUUCAACUUUCUGAUUCUUCUAAUUCAUUGCAACAUAAUAAUGUAAUAAGCAAUUCAAAUAAAGAAGACUCUAUUGCCAGUAUAGUUGAUAAUUCUGAAUUAUUAAAUGAAGAUGAAACAACAUUAAUUUGUAUGACACAAGUUGAAGAUAUGCAAUUUGAUGAUUGUGAUAUACUCAAAAUUAAAAAAGAAUGUGAUGAAACACUGGAUAAAGAACAGGAAUUAGAUAUAAUGUAUAGUUGUAGUACUUGUAGCGUAAGUUUUAGUUCUGUAUUAGAACAUAUAAAGAAAUAUCAUGAUGGGCAAGAAGUUGUAUUAGAAAUGGCUGAGCAACAAAUAGAUGAAAUACAAUCAACAACAACAGAAACAAUACAUCCAUCACCUAUUAUUACAAGUACACCAAUUCAGUUACCAAAUAAUGUUGUUCAUACAACAGCAGUUCCAUCAAAACAAAGGCAGCUAAUGAAUACAUUAAGAACCGAAGAAUGUAUUGAUAGCGAUGGAAGAUUAUAUACAAGAAAAGUUGUGCAAAUCGAAAGAUUUUGGGAUAGAACCCCAGUUACAUUAUCUUCAACAAAAGCUCCAAUGAUUGAAAAAUUUUUCUCCAAUGUUGAAGGAGUUAAGGUUAGAGAUAAAAGUGUAACGGUUGCUCCAACACGAAUGUACAGGUGCAAUCAAUGUUUAGAGCAAUUCGCUAAGUUAGGCGAUUUUCGCGUUCACGUGUGCCUUCAAGGAAACAAUCGAUGCGACCAAUGCGAUCAAACAUUUGCAACGGGGAAAGCGUUGCAGAUUCAUAUGAAAGUACAUGAAAAUAAUGAUUUUCCAUCUCAAAAGAUAUUUUUGUGUCCUGUAUGUGGUACAGAAUUUUUAACACAUAAAAGUUUACGAUUGCAUUCGAGAAUGCAUGCCCCUGUCAGGGCACGUCACGUCGAGGCACCUGAAGGAACUGAAGAAGAAACUUUUGUUUGCAACGAAUGCGGUACGACCCUUUCGGAGUCAUAUAGGACUGCACAUAUGGCCCUCCAUGCCGGUGAUACAAUCACGUGCGCGGUGUGUAACCGAAAAUUUGAUUCGGCUGAGAGUCUUUCGAUGCACGCAGCCGUGCAUACGGAGAUUAAUGUAGGCUCACCGGGCCCUGGGGGUGGUGGCAGUGGUGGUGGUAGCGGAGGAGGUAGUAGCAGCGGUAGCAGCAGCUUCGGGAAUGGGUCUGGAGGUGGAAUCGUAGCCGAGCUUGCACUUUCCACUUCCCAGAGUAAUGCUGAGACUCUGUACGCGGCCAACAUCAUCACAGCCACCGUCAAUGCACCGAUCGCUGAUGCCGUUGAGGUCCAGAGCCAUAAACCUUACCAAUGUCAACACUGCGGGCGUAGAUUCACGCGGCCCCACGAAAAAGUUAAGCAUGAGAGGAUACAUACUGGAGAGAAGCCCCACUCGUGCGAGGUUUGCGGCAAGAAGUUCCGGGUCUCGUAUUGUCUAACUCUUCAUAUGCGCACGCACACGGGAGUGCGUCCUUACGAAUGUCAGCACUGUGGCAAACGCUUCAAGGCGUCCUCUGUGUACAACCACCACCUACUAACGCACGGUGAGGAGCGAGCCUAUACCUGCCCUUAUUGCCCAAAGACGUUCAAGACCCGGGUACAACUCGCCGGCCACAAGAACAGCCACACGAAGCCAUUCCGGUGCACCGAGUGUUCGCGGCCAUUUGCCUCCCUUUAUGCGGCCCGGGCUCAUAUACAAACUCACAAGAAGGACAACAACCUUAAGUUCAGCUGUAACGUAUGUGGUGCUUCGUAUGGGCGAGCAUUCGCCCUAAAAGACCAUGUGAAGCAACACGAGCGAGAGAAUACGACAGUACCGCCGGAGCCGGCACGUGAAGUUGAGGUCCAUGAAGUCGACAACUUUCUCAUGCACGAGGAGGAGGAGGAACCUGAAGAUGAGGAACUUACCGUGCCAACGCCUCCGCCGCCGCAGCCGCCCCCGGCCCAGGCUCUUCACGAGGGAUGAAGCGUUUAUACUGCACUGGAGCCGGUGUCUCAUUGACGCAAGGACAAAAAAAACUGAGUGCCUCUCCUCGGCAUUUAUUCGUGAGAAAUCAAGGCUGGAACAUCGAGCGUAAUUGUAGUGCCGUAUACUCUAGGUUUAUUCGUAUUAAUUUAAUAUUCUUAGGUUCUUUUAAAGCGAGAACAGCAUCUUUUUUAUGCACUUGCAGGAUACUCGUGCACCGUAUUAGUGUCUCGCGUUGUAGAGUAACGGUUCUACCACAAUUUUUGUGUUCCUUAUUAUGACUUAAGUAAUUUGUUUUUAGCGAUUGCCGUCUAGUUC